UUAAUGUAAAAGAUAAAUAAUAAGCUCGAUCUUUUAAGAGAGUUGAUGGCUUAAAGGUAAAUCCAAGCAUACUUGGUGCCUCAUAACGAUGCUCAUGAUGUAAUAAUAUGAACUAUUAUGAUAGUCGGAGUACACAUCAGAUUCAGAUGAGCGAUUAGCUUUUAUAUCAGGUUUUGAUGGAUCAGCAGGAAUAGGUCUGAUUACAAAUACAAUUGCAUAUUUAUGGACAGAUUCAAGAUACUAUUUGUAAGCAGCUAAAUAAUUGGAAACAGGUUGGGAAUUAUAGAAAUAGGAACCUGGGGUACCUACAUGGGUGCAAUAUGCAAAAGCUAAUUUGCAAGGACAAGUGAUAGGUUAUGAUCCUUUGUUGAUUUCACAUAGUAUUAUUAUUUAAUGAUAUCAAGAGCUCAAAAUAUCAAGGAGAAAUUCUUUGUAAGUAACAGAAUUUAGAGCUAUAAAUGAAAAUUUGAUAGAUUUGAUUUGGACAAAUAAGCCAUAAGAUUCAAUAGCUGAAGUAAUGAUUCAUGAUUUAGAGUAUCACUAAUAUCCCACAAGUCAAAAGAUUUCAUAAAUCUUUGAAAGUUUGAAAUAGAACGAAGCAAAUUCUAUUUUAAUUUCUAAAUUAGAUUAAAUAGCAUGGGUAUUAAAUUUAAGAGGAACAGAUAUUAAAUUUAAUCCUCUUUUUAAGAGCUAUUUAUAUCUGAGGGAUGAUAAUACAGGAACUUUAUAUAUCAAUCCAGCAAAAGUGAAUGAAUAAGUGAGAUAAUAUUUGACUGAAAAUAAAAUAGAAAUAAAACCAAUCUUAGAUGUAUUUAAUGAGAAGUUUAUUUAAACAGCAGUGACACCUAGUGAAAUAAAUGAUAGAUUAAUAGAAUAAGUAGAAGAUCCAAUUAAUUUAAAUGCUUGUCCAAUAGAAUUAUUAAAAGCAAUAAAAAAUGAAAGAGAAAUUUAAGGAUUUAAGGAAUCACAUAUAAGAGAUGGAGCAGCAUUAGUGCAUUAUUUAGGAUGGUUAGAGAAAUAAUUAUUAGAUGGAGUAGAAUUAGAUGAAUUUUAAGCAGCAGAAGUAUUGGCUAAAUAUAGAUAUAAAUAAAAUCGAAAUAUGGGAUUAUCAUUUGAUUCAAUUUCUAGUAGUGGAGCCAAUGCUGCAAUAGUACAUUAUCAUCCAACAGAGAAUAAUAAAUCUUAAAUAAAUCCAAAUCAUAUUUAUUUGAUUGAUUCAGGUGGUUAAUAUUUAGAUGGAACAACUGAUGUAACACGAACUUAUCAUUUUACAAAACCAACUAUAGAAGAAAAGAAUGCUUAUACAAGAGUAUUAUUAGGUAAUUUAGAUAUAGAAAGAUUGAAAUGGCCAAAAAAAAGUAAAAUUCAUGGAGGAGAUAUUGAUGUAUUAGCAAGAAGAUGGUUAUGGGAAGCUAAUUUAGAUUAUGGACAUGGAACUGGACAUGGUGUUGGCUAUUUUUUAAAUGUUCAUGAAGGACCCCAUGCAAUCAAUAAAUAUACAACUGAAGUAUUUAAACCUGGUAUGAUUGUAUCUAAUGGUAAUUUAUUUCCUUUUAUAUUUUUUAGAACCUGGCUAUUAUGAAGAAGGUAAAUUUGGUAUUAGAAUUGAAAAUCUUAUCCUCUGUGUUCAACUUAAUGCUCAAUUUUAUGGAUUCCAAAAUCUGACUUAUUGUCCUUAUGAUAGAAACCUAAUCAAUCUAGAUUUAAUGAGUCCUAGGGAUAAAAAUUAUGUUGAUUAAUAUCAUACUUUGGUUAGAGACACCCUAUUACCUUUAAUGUAAGAAUAAACAGCAAAAGAUUGGUUAAUAAAAAUGACAGAACCUUUAUGAUAGAUAAUAUUAAACAAAAUUACAUUGU